UCUCUUACCGUCUAUAAUUGAAGCCACUGAAACAGCUCAAAGCGCACGCCAAACCCAGCUCUGUUUUCUCUUGCUUUCCAUUAAAAUUAGAAUUUUCCAGGAAAAUGUCAGCUGGGCUAGCAAAAUGCGCCAAAAUCCGCCACAUAGUGAGGCUUCGUCAAAUGCUAAGGCGUUGGCGCAACAAGGCACGAAUGUCAGCCAAUCGCAUACCAUCGGAUGUUCCAGCAGGACACGUAGCGGUCUGUGUAGGGACUGGUUGCAGGAGAUUUGUGGUUCGGGCGACGUACCUGAACCACCCCAUCUUUAAAAAGCUCCUAGUGCAAGCCGAGGAAGAGUUUGGGUUCUCUAACCAAGGUCCAUUAACGAUCCCAUGCGAUGAGACCCUUUUUGAGGAAAUGAUUCGGUGCAUUUCACGGUCGGAGAACGGAACAUCAGACCUGUUUGUGAAUCUUGAGGAUUUGCAGAGAUACUGCCACGUUGGUGUUAAAAAUGCUAAGCUUGAUUUUUGGACCGAUUCAAGACCCUUGCUUCAUUCUGAUAACUCAUUCUGGUGAGGUGAAAAGAAGGACAAGCUAAGAAAAAAUAAAGAGAGAAAAGAACCUCUGAUCCUGACCCGGUAUUGACUCAGUCCGAGUUAGGUAAGCUCUCCGCUGAAGAUUUGAAAAUACGAUGUAGCUGACGAGUUAAAAAUUCAACUUGACUCGUUAGAUGUUAAUGAUUACUGGGUUUGCUUGCCUAUGUACAAAGAGGUAAACUUGGUGGUUUUUUUUUUUUUCCUUUUUUGAGAAAGAACUGGAUUGGGAGGGGGGUUACUGAGUCACACUCCGGAGAAUGAAAGGAGACGGCAAGAUUGGGUGGUUGAGUUAACUACCGAGUCGUCCCGGGUUCGAAUUGGAGUUGAAGAAUAGUAUCGGAGACUUGAAAAAUUGGACGGAGAAACCAAACAAGGGAGAGAAGUGAUUAUUUGCAAAUCCCGUUAUUUAUUAAUUGAUUAAUGAAAAAAAUUGUAGAGAUUCCAGCAUGCUUUAAUUAUUAUCCAUUUAUCUCCUCAAUAAUUCCCUUUCUAGCAUUA